GCAGUAGUGUAUGACGGUGUGGGAAAUUUCAAGAGGUGUAACAGCAGUAUUAAAAAUUGUGUAUUUCAAUUAAUUAAAUUAAUAAAAAGUAUCAACAUGGUUACAAGAGUACCAAAACUGAAAUUCUACAAUGGUAACGAAGUACCGGCGUUUGGACUUGGUACAUGGAAGUCCAAACCUGGAGAAGUUACAGAGGCUGUUAAAUUUGCAAUUGAUGCUGGAUAUAGACACAUUGACGGUGCCUAUGUGUAUGGCAAUGAAAAAGAAGUAGGUGCUGCUAUUAAAGCUAAAAUUAAUGAGGGUAUUGUGAAGAGGGAAGAUCUUUUCAUUACAAGCAAAUUAUGGAAUACUUACCACAAACCUGAGUUGGUUGAACCAGCUAUUAAAAGAACUUUAGCAGAUCUAGGUCUUGAGUAUUUGGAUCUUUAUUUAAUUCAUUGGCCAGUAGCAUUUAAAGAAGGAGAUGCAUUAAUGCCAAAGAAUGCUGAUGAUACUGUAGCUCUGAGUGAUGUAGACUAUGUAGAUACAUGGAAAGCCAUGGAAACUUUGGUAUCUAAAGGACUUACUAAGAAUAUUGGCGUUAGCAAUUUCAACUCUCAACAACUAGACAGACUUCUAAAAAAUUGUACCAUCAAACCAGUCACAAAUCAGAUUGAAUGCCACCCAUACCUUAAUCAGAGAAAACUUUCUGAAUUCUGCAAACGAAACAAUAUUCUUAUUACUGCCUAUUCCCCUCUUGGAUCACCUGAUAGACCAUGGGCUAAACCAGAUGACCCAAAAUUGUUAGAUGAUAAGAAAUUGGGCGAGCUAGCAAAGAAAUACAAGAAAACACCUGCUCAAGUCCUUAUAAGAUACCAGUUGGAUCGUGGUCACAUAGUUAUUCCUAAGUCAGUUACAAAAUCAAGAAUUGAUCAAAACAUUGAUGUCUUUGACUUUAAACUUUCCCCAGAAGAUAUUGAAUAUAUUGAUACCUUUGAUUGCAAUGGCAGAAUCUGUCCACUGACAGGCUCAGAGAACAGUCCUUACUAUCCUUUCAACAUUCCAUUCUAAGCAAUCGAAUUAGGUUAAGGAUCUGAUUAUAAUAUUUACAAUAUUUUUU